UCCCAAACGGAUCAACAAGCGUAUUUUUUCCAUAGAUUUUGUUUUUAAAAUGUAGGAAGUGUUUUGAAAGUGGUGAAGUUUUUAUUUGAAGACAAGAAGGAAAUGAGAAGAGCUCAACAGUCCAUGCCCUGAGAAGAUGAAAGAGAGGAAGAGAGGAAGAGAACAGCUGCAGCAAAGAAAUCUGGAAGACAGGCAGAGCAAUUCAAGAACACUCCCAGAAACCCCACAUAUGGACUCUUUGGCAAGAAAUCGAAGCACCAAAGCUGAAAACUCCAAAAUGGAAGAAUCUGGGGGCCAAACUUCAGAAGAGCCUGCAACUAAGUUUCAAGCAGAUGAAAUUCAUCCCCUUUUGGGGAAACCAUACUUUCAUGUGGUUCUUGUAAAAUCACAUUUGAAUCAAAUGGUGCUUCCUACCAAAAUGCAUCCAUCAGUUCCUUCUACUGUGAUUCCUGCAGUUCUUGUCCAUCAGGACAAGAGAUGGGAGAUGACUUUUAAUGGAGAUCACCGUACCCACAAACGGUUUGAUAUUGGCUGGAGAACAUUUGUCAAUGACAACAACCUGAAAGCUGGAGAUGCAUGUGUAUUUGAACUCAUGGAGUGCAAUACUAGCAAUAUCAAGUUCAGAGUUCAAAUUCUCAGAGGUGAUAUCCCAUCUAUAUUGUUAGACAGGGCAAAUGGUGAAACUUCAGAUACUGCUAUUGUCAUUGAGUAGACUUUCCCCUAUAAGAACUGUUCCUGGAAUUUUUUAUUUCCUGUACAUUUACCAGUCAGGAGCUAGGUUAGAUAUUUGAAACUCCAGUAGAUACUGAUGUGCAUCUGUUGUUUGCAUAUGUGGUUGUCUUAAUCAGAAAUGUCUCAUCAUUCAUAUUCAUCCAUUCACACAAUAUCAUAUUAUAGUAUAUUUAUGCAUAUCACUGAUUAAUACUGAAAA